CGUGUGUUAUGAAAAUAAAAACGUAAAAAAAAACACAAACAAAAUAAAUUUUAAAAUGCACAGCACAACACAGGGGAAACAAAAAAUGUCGCUGAUAAUGCUGGUGCUCAUUUUGUUAGUCGCUGCAGCAGCAGCGCACGAUGCCAAAGACUUUGAUGAUUCCGUGCUCUACAAAAUAGAUUUCGAAGUGCCCGAUCUAUUGGCAGAACCGGAAUUGGGCAAUCAGCUGCGCACAUUUUAUACACAAGAGAAGGAGAAAUACGAGUGUCUGAUACCUUCUCUGGAGCUGCCCAAGGAGGAGGAGAAAACCAAUGAGCCGGAACAAUCUCCAAUUGGACUACUGCAGCCGAUCUUUUCAGCGCCCACCUGCUCGUUUCGCAUUGAGGCCUAUUGGUCAUAUGAGAUCUGCCAUGGUCAUCAUGUGCGCCAAUACCACGAGGAACGCGAGGGCAAGAAUUCUAAAUUUCAGGAAUACUAUUUGGGCAAGUGGAGUGAGGAGAAAACGGAGCUGGCCAAAAAGAAUUGGGAGGCCGAACGGCAAGCUGAUGGCAAGCCAAAGUAUAAGACUCUGAAAAUCGAUAAUACCAGAUAUCCAUACUUUGAAAUGGAGUUCACCGAUGGUACCAUGUGCGAUAUUAUCGAUGCGCCGCGCACAACGAUGGUGCGCUAUGUAUGCUAUCCACAUGGCAAGGAUGAUAUUUAUUCAUUUAAGGAGACCUCAUCGUGUAACUACGAAGCAAUUAUCCUGACCUCAUCCUUGUGUGCCAUACCUGCUUUUCAUGCUGAGGAGACCAAAGAGAUAUCCAUUAAAUGCUUUAAUUCGCAAACGGAGCCGCAUAAGCCUAUCAGCAUGCUGCGCCAGGAGCUGAACGAGUGGGAGGAAAGCGAAAAUGAUUUACUCGUUUCAAAGGAAAACAAAGCGCCAGCCAAGCUCUGGUCCAAGACGGAUGGUGAUAUGGUUACAUUCAAGUACAGCGGUGACGUCGACAAAAUUAUCUUGGAGCUGAUGGCCAAUGGUGAUAUUGAAGUGGACAACGAUUAUCAACAGAUCGUGCUAUCCAGAAAUACGCCGGGCACAGUGCCACCACCUCUAAACGAUCUGUCACCUAUUAAAGAGUUUAUCUCCGGCAAAAACUGCCUAACUGGCGGCACCGGCUGGUGGAAGUACGAAUUCUGUUAUGGCAGGCACGUGCGCCAAUUCCAUAAGGAAAAGAACAGCGAAGUUGAACUAUUUCUGGGCUAUUUCUCAGAGGAGUCACAUCGCCAGUGGGCCAGCUCAAAUCCCGACAAGGGUGCUCGCCGUCCAGGCUUUACAUCCUCUAUAUGGCAUCACUAUGAAAAGGGCACACACUGCGAUCGCAGCGGUCUGCCACGUGAAGUCGACGUUAAACUGACCUGCACUCCCGUCAGCACUAGCGGCACAGCUGUCUCCAUGUACUUGCUGGAGCCAAAAACGUGCCAGUAUAUUUUGGUCGUAGAAUCGCCCAUCAUUUGUGAUCUCAUGCAUUAUGCAGACGACAGCGGCCUGGUCACGCCGGACAGCUUGCAAAAGUUCCUGGCAACUGACAAGCCAGUGGUUUCCGCUCCAUCCGUUGGUCGAGAUGCAGGCUCCGAGGAACAAAUACGCUCCUAGAGUUUGUUGUACAAGCAUACUUGAAAAUAUAUUUAAUGCUGGUUUUUAUGUAAA